AUGGCGCCUUGCGAUACUCAGACGCCCAACCCGCCCGGCGUGCUCGUUCAGAUCAAGGUCGAGAUCAAGCAUCCUGGCGGCGAGAUCGAGAAUGACACUAUUCUUCUCUCUGCCAAUGAUAACUGGCGGGUUGGCCGCGAUGAGAAUCACAAUGACAUCGUCAUCGACGACCCAUUUGUCUCUCGCCUGCAACUCGAGUUCUACACUGUCAUCUUCGACGAGGAGCACUACCCCAUGCUCUACGUCAGAGACCGCGGCUCUACUUCUGGCACCUAUGUCAACGGCAAGCUCAUCGGCGGCCGCGAAGAGGGCGACGACAAGGUCUCUCCUGGAAGAAUCCUCCGCCAUGGCGACGUGAUCAGCGUCGGAGAGGAUGUGAAGUUCGAAGUCGUCCACCCUUUCAUCCCGAAGCUGAGACUCAACGAGGUUCAGACCAAAGAAGUCCUGUACGCCGUCACAAACUUCACGAUCGGAAGCGGCGCGUCUGCCCAAGUCAACCUUGCCAUUGACGAGGAGACGGGCGACUACGUUGUCUGCAAGAUCUACGAUCUCGAGUCUUUGCGGCUGAGGGGUUUCACGGCUGUCAUUCAGAGACUUGUGCAAGAAACUCACGUCAGAAGCCAGAUUGAGCAUCCGAACCUGGCCUCUUUCCGAGGCGCCUAUAAGAGCCGCUCGAACCUAUACGUCUUCGAGGAUCUCGCCACCGGCGGAGACUUGUUCACGCUUACUGAGCGCUGCCGAUCCCCCAUGAGCGAGCUCGAGGUCCGAUGGCUGAUCCGACAAGUCGUGACCGGAGCGGGCUACAUGCACUCCAAGGGGCUCGUCCACCGGGACCUGAAGCUCGAGAACAUCCUCUGCGCGACCACGCCCUCGGCGAGCCACCGCAUCGUCAUCACGGACUUUGGCCACACCUGCAUGGUUGGCGACCGAAGCAUGACCGGAAUGUGCGGUACCAGAGGCUGGCAGGCACCGGAGAUAAUCAAUACGAAGACCUGGGCCGGACCACCCGCCGACAUCUGGAGCAUCGGCGUCCUGGCAAUCUACCUCCUCUGCGGCAAGGACAGGUGCUCAUCCGUCGAUGACCUCGAGAUCUUCGCAGAGUGCUACGCGCUGUAUCCGCGGCGUAAGGUCAACGAGCCGACCCAGGAGCUGGGCAAGAUCUUCGAGGAGGUCGCCAAGAUGCGCUCGGGGAAUCACGUCUCCAAGGCCGGGAAGGACUUCAUCCGCCGCUGCUUCCAGACCAAGCCGGAGCGGAGGAUCACCGCCGCGGGCGCCCUCAAGCACCCCUGGCUGUGCGAGCCCGAGGAGGACCUCGAGAUGUUCAGGGGCCUCGAGAAGGUCACCGCCAACAGCUGGAAGCCUCGGGCAGUCACACCCAAGGCCUGCGAGAUCCUGGACCAGGUGGAUGUUGAGAAGACUGUUGCGGAUGGGAAGAUGGAGUCGCUGAUAUCGCCUUUCUUCCCCUGCAAGCUUGUGGCUUGA